GCAUGGGGCUGUCUUGCAAGGGGAUACUGAAUUAGUGAAACUUUUACUACAAUAAGAGAUAAAGGUCAACGCCCGAGACAGCCACGGCCGAACUGCCUUGCUCUAUGCUGCACAGCGGCCUGAAACAGACAUGGUCCAGAUACUGCUUGAGGCAGGCGCUGACCCAAACAUAAAAGCCAAAUAUGGACGAACACCGCUGAUGGGAGCGACUGUUGGAGGAUCGAUCCGAAUCGUGAAAGUCUUGCUUGAGGCACCAACUCUUGAUCGAGAAGCCACUGAUAAUUUCGGCCGUACAGCGCUGAUGGAAGCUGUGGCGAGGAACAGGCCGCGGAUUCUAGAGCUUCUGUCCUGGCCGGGAGAAGGUCGAAUGAUGCAUCCUUCAACCGUGUCGAAUGAACUAACGAAUGGUGUUUUAUCUGAAUAUAAGGAUCUAUCUGACUAUGACGUUCCCCCCGAAUAUGAUCACAUAUCUUGUGAUGUAUGUCGAAUAGACACGUCAUUAUAUGAUGCCUACCAUUGUUUAAUAUGUCAUGAGGGUAAAUUUCAUAUCUGCGAAGAGUGCAAGAAAUGGGGGGCAAGAUCUUUAUAUGGUACUUUUAAAAAAAUACUAUUGGGACAGGUAUAUGAGGGAGAUUAUGGGAAGAGACUAGAAUGGAAUAGAAUUGGAUAUCGGAAGUAACUGCCCGAGGUUAUACAUUAUACUACCUUCAAUUAUUACUAUUAGGCACUUUUAGACAGCUUAUACCUAUUCAAGCAACUCAUCUCACUUAGGGCUACUCCGAGACUGCUCAAGAAUUGACGAAUAGGCGAUGUAGAGUUAAUCAGAAAUGGUGACUCUCCUGAGGUCUGAGUCAUAGCAGAGAUUUCCCCAAGGUUACAUCUGACUCAUCCUUCCUGUCU